UCUUUGAGGAACCGUUUUCUAUUUUUAGUUUUGUUAUUAGUAUUUUUAACCAAUAGAAUACUGCUCCUGUGAAUUGUAUUAAGUUGUAUUUGUGGGACAUUGAUAAGAUUGAACUGUGUAUGCUUGAAGUUUGUUUAAAUGGCGUUUUGUGAUCUAGUAUUCGGAUCAUACAUGGAGAAGAUCAUGAUGUUUAAUCAGUGAAGUUAUUUUGAUUCAUUUAAGCUCGAUUCAAGUCCAACAAACAACUCUUUCUUCACAAAAACCACCCUGAGCACAAAAAUGCCAACAUCCUUUGCAUGCUUCAUGAAGCCAGUGCUUCAUGGAUAUUUCAGAAGUUCUUGUUCAUGGAGAGUGCGGAUUGCUUUUGCCCUAAAGGGUAUUGAAUAUGAUCAAGAACCAGUCAACCUCGUCAAGGAUGGAGGCCAACAGCUUACAGAACAGUAUAAAACUGUCAACCCAAUGCAGCAAGUGCCUGCAGUCACAAUCGAUGGCAUCACCUUGUCUCAGUCACUGGCUAUCAUCCAGUACAUUGAUGAAACUCGGCCCAGGCCUCCUUUCCUACCUGUUGACCUACAGCAGCGAGCUCAGGUGCGCAUGAUCUCUGAUCUCAUCGCCUCUGGGAUACAGCCUCUACAGAACAUCUAUGUGAUACAAAAGGUUGGUGAAGAAAAGGUGCAGUGGGCUCAACAUUUCAUCAACAAGGGAUUUAAAGCUCUCGAGUCCAUCCUGAAGCAGACAUCUGGAACAUACUGUGUUGGGAAUGAGAUAUCCAUGGCAGACAUUUGUCUUGUACCCCAGGUCUAUAAUGCUGAAAGGUUUAAAGUGGAUCUUGACCAGUAUCCAACAAUCAAGCGGAUAAACCAGACCCUAAUGGAGCUUGAGGCCUUCAAAAUCAGUCAUCCAUCCUGUCAGCCUGAUACACCUGAUGACCUGAGGGCAUAAACAUCAUUUUACUCCACAGCACCAAAAUAUCAUUAAAACUUUAACCAAAACAAAUAAAAUACAGACAAAAGCAAA